ACUCAAUGUACAGAAGGUUUCGGUCCAGCAGUUCUUGUUCUGCACGACACGGGAAACACGUAACUGUUGUUAUUGCUAGGUACCACAGUCACUGCAGUUGCGAUGAAACCGUCCAAAAUGAUUGGCGGCGACUACUCUUUAGAGCUGAACAAUAUAUUCCACACUGGCCAAGUAGAACCAGUUUCCUGUUUUCAAAGAUUGUUUGGAUCUAUCCAGACUGGGCUCAUACUUAAAGACAUCACUUUUGAAGUCAGAGCUGGUGAAGUGAUGGCUGUUCUAGGAUCUAAAGGUAGUGGUAAAAGAGCUCUCCUGGAAGUGAUAGCAAGAAGAAGCAAAGGUGUAUCUCGAGGACAGAUUUUACUAGAUGGUCGACCGUUGACUCAAGCCAUGUUUAAUCAGUGUUGUGCUUAUGUUGGUCAUCGUGCCGAUUUGUUACCAUCUCUUUCGGUUCAACAGACUUUACAUUAUGCAGCAAACUUAUCCAUUGGCUCACAAGUAAGCGAUUACGUAAAAGACUCAAGAGUGAGACAAGUUUUAGCAGAUUUAGCACUCAGUCAAGUAGCGAGGCGUAGUGUAGAAGCUUUAACCGAGGGCGAGUAUAGGAGACUUGUGAUAGGAACACAACUAGUUAAAGAUCCAGUAUUAUUACUUUUGGAUGAACCGACGGCUGGAUUAGAUCCUUUGACAACAUACUUGAUAGUAUCUAUGGUCAGUAGUCAUGCAAAACGUAGAGGCCGAGCUGUAGUGCUUACUAUGGAAAAACCGCGUUCCGACGUAUUCCCAUUCCUUGAACGUGUUGCUUACUUGUGUUUAGGCGAUUUGGUAUAUGCUGGCCCUACAAGAAUGAUGUUGGAUUACUUUAGAGCAGUUGGAUUCCCUUGUCCGGAAAUGGAAAAUCCACUUAUGUACUAUUUAUGUUUGUCAACGGUCGAUCGACGAUCCAGAGAAAGAUUUGUCGAGUCUAACGCACAGAUUGUAGCAUUAGUAGAAAAAUUUAAAAUGGAAGGAGCACCAUACAGAAAGUCAUCAGCCAUGUCGGUUCUCUUGGGAUCGCCACCGUCUGAACACCAGUUAAAUUCCCAUCCAUAUCCAUAUUCAGCUCAGGAUUCUUCGACUACACAAAUAGGCAUGACAUUGUACCAGCGUCAAUUUGCAUCUACCUUUGGAUGUUCAUGGAAAGCACUUUUUUAUUUAGCUGCUCGACUAUUAGCUUUACCAAUAGCGUUCUUACUUGUUUGGAUAUUUUUCCGAAAUGUUAAAGAUUAUCAAUCAACGUUUACGUCAAGAUCCGGAUUGUUACUUACUUGUAUUCUAACUACAUAUUUAACUUCGGUUUUCACUGCCGCUUACACAUAUGCUCCACACAGAACCAGAUAUUACCAAGAAAAUCAAGAUGGUACUUAUAAUGGGCCUUUGUUCUUAAUCAGUUAUUUUACUUUUUCCUUACCUUUGGCUCUUAUAACAGUCACGGGCUCAUCAACUAUUAUGUAUCAACUUAUGAAAUUCAACAAUUGGAUGGAGUUCAGUUUGUUUGUAGCUGUGCUCUUGAGUUGCUAUCUUUUUGCUGAACAACUUGUUAUCUCUGUAAUGGCUGUGUCAAAGAAUGCUUAUAACACCAGUGUAUUUUGCAUAUACUUCUUGGCUAUAUUAACUAUGUUAGGAAGUGGCAUGCUUAGGUCUUAUCGUGGCAUUUCUGAUUGGUUAAUAUGGUUUACAUAUGCUACACAAACUAGAUAUGUUGGAGCAUAUUUGACAUCACAAGCUUUCUAUAGCCGUAAACAAUAUAUAGGUUUACCUCAAAAUGCAAUACAAAAUUGUUCUAUACCAGCUGCUGAUAUUUUUGUUUGUCGAUAUCUUGAUGGUGAUUCUUAUGUAAAUGAAAGAUAUCCAUCUGCUAUAAUAGAUGCACAAAUUAAUUUGAUUGCUAGUUUUGUUUUUCCACUUACAGCAAUGAUAUUCAAUAUUUUGCUUUAUGUAUCACCUCUUCCAUCAUUUAUUAAAGCAAAAUUUAGAGAGUAAAGUGCAACAACUAUUUUACUUAAAUGAGUGACAUCAUGAAAUUUAAUAGAAUUUUUUGUAACGUCAUUGUUAUUUGGAUAUGUCUAUGGGACAUCAAACAACUAUUAGCCUGAAAGAUCCUAGUCAUCAAAUAAGUGUUAAAUAAGAUUGAUUAGCUUUAAUCUAAAAUAAAUAAACCAGAUAAAAAUCAUUCAAAAUUUAUAUAAAAAUUAGAAUUUUUAAUAAUUGUUUGUUAUAAAACGAUCUCAAUCAAUAAUAUAAAAAAGAUGCACAGAAUUGUGCAAAAGUUUAGACAAGGUAAAUAUUUUGAGAAAAUAAAUCUUAUUUCCUCAUACUAAAAAAUAUUUUAGUAUUAUUAAUCAUGAGUUUCAUUUCAUUUUUUU